CACAUCCCGAAAGCACUUGUGUCCCUCUGUACCUACCAACUGUCAGGGUCUAGUGAUAUGGUAAUUGUUGGUAUGUGGUUGCUUAAUAUGCUAUUGUAAUUCAAUGAGGUUCUCAACGCUUUCCUUAAUUUUCGUUGUCAUUGAGUCUUUUGCAGUGAUACAAUAGGGACAGGCAGGUCAAUAGCAAGCUGGAUAUUAAUAACCUGUCAAUCUCCUAAACACUGGAAUCCAAACAGUUGAAUUGUAUACAUAACUUAAGGGCAACUUUAUUUGAGAAAAUGCAUAGACAACAUUUUGGUUUCAGUCUAAACUUCCAUGACAUGAACAUAACAAUAAUAAAUUAUUGAAUAUUGUUAUUGAGUAAACUAAGCUUGUUGCACAAAUGGGUCUUCUUUUUUUUUAAAUGAACAUUGCCCAUACCAUGUCAUUUGAAUAGAGUAGCUGACCAUUGUUUAAUUUUAUCGGGCGUGAUAAAAAUAGAAAAAGAGCACGUGUUUUGUCUAUGAAGCCGUUUUCACAUGAGAUUUGAAAAAUUGCUUUAGGCUCGUGGAUGGGUGCAAAGGAUUUAUUGAUGUUUCAUGCUGCACUGCAAUUGGAAAAUUGUUACAUCAGAUGGAGGGGGCAAGCAGAAUCCUGGUACAAAACAUCAAUGAGCAUCUCAACCUGUGUCAUUCUUAUGGGUCCUCUGACAGAGUAUAUGCUAGCACUCACUGCUUAUGUGGUUUAGGAUAUCAGAAUGAAUGAUUAAGAUCAAGUUAAUUGAGUUAAGUUGACUAUUUAUGCUUCUUGAUUUAGACAGAUAAGGAUUCUUGAAUUACUGGCACGUCUAAAACAUUUCACACCAUGUUUUAGUUGAGCUAUGGUCCAGAAAAUAUAUUUGAAUCAUCAAAAAGUAACAAGGGAAUAACACAGGAAGAGGAAUAGUUGCAGACCGCACAGCAGGGAAAAGAUUGUCCCUGCACCCAGGGACUACCACACAAAAGCAGUGGAGGAGGACUUGGGUUUGGGGAAGCAGCAGGUGAUGGAGAAGUACUUCACUCCCGUGCAGCAUAAGCAGGGGACCAGGAGCCACAGGCACAGCAGGCCCCACCUCCAUGACCAUCACGAGAGGGACCACAAGCAUUGCAAGAUUGCUGACCAAAAAACUGAUCACCACAAACACCAUCACCACAACCAUGAUUAUCAUCACCAUCCUCAUCACCAGCACGAGCUAGAUUGGUCAAAGGAUCACAAUUGUCAUGGUAGCAACCAUUCAACAUCAGAGGGCAACAUUGUCUGCCACCAUGGCCACAACAAUCACCCUCACCACUACAAUGAGAAAUCACACCACUCUCCCCCUGGCCAUCCUCAUCACCAACACCAACCGCAUCACCAUGCUACAGAUGUGACCUCCCACCCUCCGGUUGCAGCAACUUCCUCCAGCUCUACCUCUGGUUCCUCAUCAUCAUCUUUCUCAUCUUCCUUCUCUUCCUUAACAUCCUCCUCUUCCUCCUCGUCAUCCUCUGGCUCUUCAUCCACCUGGUCCUCUCAGACCACUAUAAAUGGGUCUGUGAAGGAUUACAAACAUCCACUGCAGAACCCCAAGUACUCACAGUCCUGCAAUGAAAUCUCUGAGGGGAGGAAGGCCUAUGAUGAAGAGGAAGAUGAGACAUCUCCUUUGAUAGAUGACGAAGGCUAUCUCCACAAGUCCCCAAGCCAGGAAAGGAGCCUGAAAGGAAAAAAGAAAAAGAAAGCUGUGUCCUCUCAUCUGACCCCUGCCAAGAUCACCCUGAAGAAGCAGGAGAGUGCUAAAUUGGUAGGAAUGGCUGGCAAAGUCCGCAAGGCAAAGUCAAUGGAGGCGCUGUCCCAUUGUGAGGACAGGGAUGGAGAUGCAGAUACCAUUGUAGAUCAGGAGGAGUUGUGGAAAAGCAAGGAGGUAGCCAAUAAGAACUUAGUGAAGGACAAGCUGAAGUUCUCUGCCUUUCUGAACGAGAUCACCAGGCAGGUGCUCAGCCCAUACAGACUCACCUCUCUUGGAGUCACAGCUGCUCACAGGCCUAGCAGCCCAGGACAAGCCUCCCUGAGGUUCCCCAAGGUGGAACGCACAGGGGAGCAGAGUCAAAGACAGAAGAGUAGUCGGCGUGGCAGUGCAAGCUCUACGACAGUUAGUGUUCACUCCCACAUCAGUAGGCAUUCCCAUUCCAGGAAGCACUCUCAUUCCAUCAAGCACUCUCGCUCCCAUCUCGGCACAAACCAGCAUCACCAACACCAUUGCCACCAUCAGCCUGCAAGAGACAUACACCACAGUCCUAGCAGCCACACCGAUUACAGCAGUAGCCCACGAAAUAGCCCCUCAUCAAGACAUCACUCCCGUUCUUCAACACCACACCAUCAUAACCAGCAUCUCUCUCAUUCUCAAUCUCGCCACCAUCACAGAGGUCUUCAAAGUCCAUCUCAUCACCAUGGAGACCACCAAAGCCCAAAGCAUCACCAUGGAGACCACCACAGCCCCACUCAUCCCCAUCACCAUGGACACCACCACAGACAAAUUCAUCCCCAUGGAGACCACAACAGGCCAAGCCACUCCCGUGAUCAUGGGGACCUUCACAGCCCCGGUCAUCCCCAUCUCCAUGGAGGCCAACACAGCCCAACUCAUCCCCAUGGAGACCUCCACAACCCCAGUCAUCCCCAUCAACAUGGAGACCUCCACAGCCCCAGUCAUCCCCAUCACCAUGGGGACCUCCACAGAUCCAGUCAUCUCCAUCACCAUGGACACCACCACAGCUCAACCCAUCACCAUCCCCAUGGAGACCACCACAGCCAAACUCAUCCCCAUGGAGACCACCACAGCCCAACUCAUUCCGAUCAUCAUGGAGACCACCACAGCCCAACGCAUCACCAUGGAGGCCACCACAGCCCAACCCAUCACCAUGGAGACCACCACAGCCCAACUCAUCCCCAUCACCAUGGAGACCACCACAGCCCAACUCAUCACCAUGGAGACCACCACAACCCAACUCAUCCCCAUCACCAUGGAGACCACCACAGUCCAACUCAAACCUAUCACCAUGGAAACCAACACAGACAAAUUCAUCCCCAUGGAGUCCACCACAGCCCAACUCACCCCUAUCACCAUGGAGACCAUCAUAGCCCAACUCACCCCCAUCACCAUGGAGACCUUCACAGCCAAACACUUUCCCAUCACCGUGGAGAUCACAGCCCUAGUCAUCACCAUGGAGACCACCACAGCCCAACUCAUCCCCGUCACCAUGGAGACCACCAUGGCCCAACUCAUCCCCAUCACCAUGGAGACCACCACAGUCCCACUCAUUCCCAUCACCAUGGAGACCAUCACAGUCCCACUCAUUCCCAUCACCAUGGAGACCACCACAGUCCCACUCAUCCCCAUCACCAUGGAGACCACCACAGCCUAAGCCAUUCUCAUCACCAUGGAGACCACCACAGCCCAACUCAUCCCCAUUCCCAUGGAGACCACCACAGCCCAACUCAUCCCCAACACCAUGGAGACCACCACAACCCAACUCAUCACCAUGGAGACCAUCACAGCCCAAGUCAUUCUGAUCACCAUGAAGGUCACCACAGCCCAAUUCAUCACCAUCACCAUGGAGACCACCACAGCCCAACCCAUCACCAUUCACAUGGAGACCACCACAGCCAAACCCAUCCCCAACAUCAUGGAGACCACCAAAACCCAACUCACCCCCACCAGCAUGGAGAAUAUCAUAGCCCAACACUUUCCCAUCACCAUGGAGAACAUCACAGCCCAAGUUAUUCCGAUUACCAUGAAGAUCACCACAGCCCAACCCAUCACCAUUCCCAUGGAGACCACCACAGCCAAACUCAUCCCCAACACCUUGGAGACCACCAAAACCCAACUCGCCACCAUCACCAUGGAGACCACCACAGCCCAACUCAUCCCCAUCACCAUGGAGACCACCACAGCCCAACUCAUCACCAUGGACACCACCACAGCCCAACUCAUCACCAUGGACACCACCACAGCCCAACUCAUCACCAUGGACACCACCACAGCCCAACUCAUCACCAUGGACACCACCACAGCCCAACUCAUCACCAUGGACACCACCACAGCCCAACUCAUCACCAUGGACACCACCACAGCCCAACUCAUCACCAUCACCAUGGACACCACCACAAUCCUCUCCACCCAGAUUCACACCAUCACCACGGCUCCGAUCCAGAAUCUCUCCAUCACCACAGAUCCCAUCCAGAAUCUCUCCAUCACCACAGAUCUCAUCCAGAUUCUCUCUAUCACCACGACUCCCAUACAGAAUCUCACGAUCACCACGACUCCCAUCCAGAAUUUCACGAUCCCCAUGGCUCCCAUCCAGAAUCACACGAUCCCCAAGGCUCCCAUCUAGAAUCUCUCCAUCACCGCGGCUCCCAUCCAGAAUCACACGAUCCCCAAGGCUCCCAUCUAGAAUCUCUCCAUCACCGCGGCUCCCAUCCAGAAUCACACGAUCCCCAAGGCUCCCAUCUAGAAUCUCUCCAUCACCACGGCUCCCAUCCAGAAUCACACGAUCCCCAUGACUCCCAUCCAGAAUCUCUCCAUCCCCAGGGCUCCCAUCCAGAAUCUCUCCAUCACCAUGGCUCCCAUCCAAAAUCUCUCCAUCACCAUGGCUCCCAUCCAGAAUCUCACAAUCCCCAAGGCUCCCAUCCAGAAUCUCUCCAUCACCGAGACUCUAAUCCAGAAUCUCAUGAUCCCCAUGGCUCCCAUACAGAAUCUCACAAUUCCCAUGGCUCCCAUACAGAAUCUCACAAUCCCCAUGGCUCCCAUACAGAAUCUCACGAUCCCCUUGGCUCCCAUACAGAAUCUCACAAUCCCCAUGGCGCCCAUACAGAAUCUCUCCAUCACCACCAUAGUUCCCACCAAGAUUCCCACCACCACCUCUCUCAUUCAGAAUCUCAACAUUCACACUCCCAUUCUGAACCCCAUCACAUUUCUACCAACCCAGAAUCUCAUCAUCACCACCAUCCUUCCAAUUCUGAAUCUCACCAACAUCCCUCACCUGCAGACACACAGCACCACCAUCAGCACCAUGACGUUCACCACAGCCCAUCAAGCCAUUCUAAGGAGCACUUUCCUGUCAGUGCAUCGGCUACAGAGCUGGAGUCAUUGUCCCAUUCCAGCAAGUCUGGUUAUUCCAGGAAUACCAGCAGCCCCACGAGUCAGGACGAGCAGCAGACGGGCUACAGCGGCUCAACUACCUCUCUUCAUAAAGAAGCAUCUGAGGUUAAUCGAAUAACGAAGCUUCAGGAGCAAAAUGUGGAUCUGCACCACAGUUUGUGCCAGACUGCCGUGCGAAUGGAGUGCAUGGGCACCGAAUUUAAGAGCAGUCACCAGCUCCUUGAGUCAGAACUACAGAACACUUGUGUCGAGCUGAGCAACCUCCUGGACAAAUUCAAAAGACUUACAGAUAACAACUCCUACACUCAACAGACCAACAAUCUCCUGGAGCAGAAGCUUCAUUCAGUGGCUCAGAGUAUGGACGGGGAGCAUGAGCAUUUGAACCAGCGGAUCACAUCCCUGACAGAUCAGCUGUCCUCAGCCAAGAACACCAUCCACAGCAUGGAGACUAUUAACGUAACAUCAUUGCUGCAGGAAGCCUUGGACCAACAUUUCCACAGAGAUGAUUCUGUCAAUCAAUUAAAUCUCCCUGCUGCGCCACCACCGGUCCAGUUCAUGGAUAGUCAUCAUUAUGGAAAGGUCACCGCUACAGGGGAGGACCUAUCGCUGGGAACAUUGCCAGAAGAGGAGGAAUCGGAUUGGUCGGAAAUGGGGGAUGAGGCUCCAAAAUGUGUUCUGAGGUCAGGGGGAGAUCAUCAUGGUGGUACAGCGUUUCAACCAUGGAGACAAGAGCGUAUUAGCUGGGCAGGGCAGGGAGAAGGAGAGACAGAGAGUGAGUCAGGGAGUGAGGAGAUUGUCAGACAAAACCCUCCCCGCUCCCAGCAGGUCCCCCAUCUCCAUGUUACCAUUCGCUCUGAGACCUUACCAGCCCCCAUAGAUGGUGUCACCCUCACCACCAUUUUCAAGAGCUCAGCUGAUGGCCCAACAGAGGAUGUGUACAGGGCCACUGCGAGCCGCAAACUAGGCUCUCCCAUUCGCAUCCUGUCAGCCAGUCUGGAUGAGAUCCCCUCCUGUAGGGGGAAGAAUCAAAGACAGGAGGAGCAGCAUGGCCAGCUGAAGGGCACAGAGGCCAUGAUGGACCUCCACCAACCAGAGGAUGGUACCAUGGAUGACUCAGAAGAUGAGAUCAUCCAUAACUGGAGGACAAGGAGUGGGGACAUGGGUGUGGAUACCACGGAGGCAGAUCCUGGCAGCAGUCUGGAAAACUUGCAGUCGGCCCAAAAUAUGCUCAACCACUUCAUCUGCCAGCUGCAGCCCAGCGAGGGGGAGGAUAUGGGAUACCGGACAAAGUGCUGAAUGGGGAAAGAACACAGCUGUGACACCUGAUCUCUUCACAGAGACACAGAUGUUGACUGAGUUGGUGCAUAGUUGUUUAAGUAAUUAAACUUAAGAGUGAUUUUUGUUACAUUUGAUAUUCAUAAUUCAUCUAUGAGUAUGUUGUAUUUUAAACAUAAAGCAACAGAAUUGGUCUUUAUAACCAAUUUAAUAAUAAUAAUUUAAAUCUGAUUUGAAAGUUUCCAGGCCUAAAUAUUAUUCAAAAUUUAAAAAACAGCCAGCAACAAGUAAGAAAGAAACUAAAAUAUAAUUUUUGCUCUGCACCUGAACCUAUUAAGGCAAGCGGCCCAAGUUGGAGAUCGAGGAUCCCCAGUUCCACGUUUUGAUAUUUAUGAUAUAUUUCUCUAUUCAUAGUCAAAAACAUGUCCUGGUGUGUUUUUGUUGUUGUUACGCUAUGCAGGGAUUGGCUUUGAUGUCCUCCAGAGGUAACAUCAAACACAAAUCACGUUGCUUUGACAUCUCCUGUUCUCGGGUGCAAUCUCUCCGGGAAACACUGUCCAGGCCUCCCUCCGUCUCAUCAUAGCAGAGCACCGAGAACUUCACAGCCCAGCGCUUUCCCAUCACCAUGGAGACCACGGCCCGAAUCUCGCCCAUUCCACUGAUUUAUAGAAAAUAGAUCCUUUCAGAACCUCUUGUGCAUAAUUCAUUAUAGUGGUUGGUGUGUGUCUUUCUCUCGGUGCGUGCAUGUUAGAUAAGACGACAAGUGUUUCACAGAAUAUAGGUCCUUAGGUAAGAUUUAAGACAUGUACAUAGAUAUACUUUGUUUGUCCUCAUAAAUUAAUUCCUCUGCAGACAGACAUAAUGCAAGGUCUAGUUUGGACAAUGUAUACCAUCAAAUAGUAUCCGUUGGACAUCACGGUGGAUUGGAAACAAGCUUUCUUAAGACCGGUUUUAGUUAAUGGUGAUAAAAUGAAAACAGAAUUUGGGGAUGGAUCGUGAAUGGUUCCAACUGUUAAAAUGUAUAAAGAUUUCCUCCCCAAAGUAAUAGUUAAGAAUCCUUGGGGAAAACAAAGAAAUAUAUUUAUUCUUCUUGCAUGCAAACUGUUUUAUCUUAUAAUAUUGAUGUUUAUGUCUCCAUGUUGAUAUGAUGGAAAAAGCAACAUGACAUAAUGUAAAACAGAAUCACCAUUAUCAUUGUGUUCACCAGAGGUAUGCAACAGUCCAGUGAGAUAGGGGUCACUUUGUUUUGUUUUUCAAAUAAAUCCACAUUUUUUGUCCAUUAAAAUAACCAAAUUGAUUAGAAAUACAGUUAAUAAUAGUUUGUUAAUGACUAUUGUAGCUGGAAACGGCAGA